AAUAAACAUGGGGGCACUAAUCAUCAUCUAUAAACAUUGUUUAAUUAGUAAUAAUACUAAUAAUCUCUUUCAAAUACCAGAGAAGAAGAAACCCUUUGUUUGUCACUUUCACUCACACUACUUACCAGCAACCAGUAACUCACACACUCUGACCACCACUCACACCAACAAACAUUUUAUGGCCGCCACCACCGCUAACCUCGACCAAAGCCCAGGGAUUGAACCGGUGAAGGUUGUUAUACAAAAUAAUAGCGGUGAGAAACUUGUGGGUUUGUUACACGAUACAGGGUCCAAAGAGGUUGUAAUCCUGUGCCAUGGCUUCACUGGGACAAAGGAAUAUAGUAUGAAAGUGGAACUUGCAGUUGCAUUGGAGAUUCAGGGGAUCAGUGCCUUUCGCUUUGAUUUUUCAGGAAAUGGGGAAAGUGAAGGCACAUUCGAAUUCGGUAACUAUCGUAAGGAGGUCGAUGACUUACGAGCAGUAACCCAAUACUUUACUGCAUCUGGUCGUGUUGUAAAUGCGAUUCUUGGACAUAGUAAAGGUGGAAAUGUGGUGGUUUUAUAUGCAUCUUUACAUCAUGAUAUCCUGACAGUUGUGAACGUGUCUGGUCGUUAUAAGAUGGAUAGAGGUAUUGGGGAGCGAUUGGGAAAAGACUAUCUGGAAAGAGCAAAAAAAGAUGGCUUUAUCGACAUAAAGUCCAAAACAGGAAAAGUGUUGUUUCGUGCCACAGUUGAAAGUAUAAUGGAACGCUUGAACACGAACAUGCAUGAAGCAGGACUAAGAAUUAACAAAGAUUGCAGGGUGUUGACCGUUCAUGGAUCAGCAGAUGAAGUCAUUCCUGUUGAAGAUGCCUUGGAGUUUGCCAAGAUCAUACCAAACCAUGACUUACGAAUCAUCGAAGGGGCUAACCAUGGUUACGACAAACACCGAGAUGAGUUGGUUUCCACAGUUUUGGCUUUCAUAAAGGACAACCUGCCUAAAGUUUGAUCAGUAGGAGACAUUGUUUUUCUGAUAACCAAACAAGAUUUGCAGCCAAAUAUCUCUAUUGAUGUAUGAUUAAUAUAUUUGACUACAGUAGUGACAAUCGAAUACUAUACAGAUGCUACAUGUGUGAGUGUGAGCGACAAAUUAUAGGUAAUUUGGCUUAAGACGAUGAUGUUAAAGACCAACAUCAAUAAAUCUUUGCAUGAAACAUUUACAGUGUUA